AUGGACGAGCGCCGGAGCUUGCUUUACUCUCCGGCCGCCUCCUCCACCAGCCGGCAUCCGCGGGGUGGCUCGAGCAGCAGCCACCACAACCUGGGCUACACCGAGCAGCAGCCCCCCGCCGCCUCCCAGCCUCUCCCUGACCAAGAGGAGGAAGAGGGUGAAGAAGGGGAGGAAGGCAGCAUGACCGUGGUGGGAGGCGGCGGUGGCGGAGACCCUUUGCUGGAAGAAGCGCAGCAUCCCCAGCCCGCGCUCGGGGGGGACCGCUACGAUCAGCCCCCGGCUCCGGCCGCCGUCCCCGCCGGGCAGCCCGCGGGCAGCGGGGAGCACGAGUGCUGCGAGCGGGUGGUGAUCAACAUCUCGGGGCUGCGCUUCGAGACGCAGCUGAAGACGCUGGCGCAGUUCCCCGAGACGCUGCUGGGGGACCCUCGGAAGAGGAUGCGCUACUUCGACCCCCUCCGCAACGAGUACUUUUUUGACCGGAACCGCCCCAGCUUCGAUGCCAUCCUCUACUACUACCAGUCGGGCGGGCGCAUCCGGCGGCCCGUCAACGUCCCCAUCGAUAUCUUCUCCGAGGAGAUCCGCUUCUACCAGCUAGGGGAGGAGGCCAUGGAGAAGUUUCGGGAGGACGAGGGUUUCAUUCGGGAGGAGCAACGGCCGCUUCCCGACAAGGAGUUUCAGCGCCAAGUGUGGCUCCUCUUCGAGUACCCCGAGAGUUCUGGGCCGGCCCGAGGCAUCGCCAUUGUGUCUGUGCUGGUCAUCCUUAUCUCUAUCGUCAUCUUCUGCCUGGAGACCCUGCCUGAGUUCAGGGAUGACCACGACUACGAGGGAACCGGUGGAACCUUUGGGACGGGCGGUGGCCCUCUCCCGCCCGAUGUCUUCACCAACUCCUCGUCCUCAGCCGCUUCCAUGGUGUCGUCCUUCACUGACCCUUUUUUUGUGGUGGAGACUUUGUGCAUCAUCUGGUUCUCCUUCGAGCUGCUGGUCCGUUUCUUUGCCUGCCCCAGCAAGGCCACCUUCUCCAAAAACAUCAUGAACAUCAUUGACAUUGUGGCCAUCAUUCCCUACUUCAUCACUUUGGGGACGGAGCUGGCUGAGAGGCAAGGCAAUGGCCAGCAAGCCAUGUCCUUGGCCAUCCUCCGGGUCAUCCGGCUCGUCAGGGUCUUCCGUAUCUUCAAGCUGUCCCGGCACUCCAAGGGGCUGCAGAUCCUGGGGCAGACCCUCAAGGCCAGCAUGCGGGAGCUGGGCUUGCUCAUCUUCUUCCUCUUCAUCGGCGUCAUCCUCUUCUCCAGCGCCGUCUACUUCGCCGAGGCCGACGACCCCAGUUCGGGUUUCAGUAGCAUCCCCGAUGCCUUCUGGUGGGCCGUGGUGACCAUGACCACCGUUGGCUACGGGGACAUGCACCCCAUCACCAUCGGGGGCAAGAUCGUGGGCUCUCUGUGCGCCAUCGCGGGCGUGCUGACCAUCGCUCUGCCCGUGCCCGUCAUCGUCUCCAACUUCAACUACUUCUACCACCGCGAGACGGAGGGUGAGGAGCAAGCCCAGUACAUGCACGUCGGGAGCUGCCAGCACCUCUCGUCCAGCGAGGAGAUGAGGAAGGCUCGCAGCAAUUCCACCCUCAGCAAGUCUGAGUACAUGGUGAUCGAGGAAGGGGGAAUCAACCACAGUGCAUUCAAACAGGCUGCCUUUAAGGCAGGCAACUGCACAACCACAAACAAUCCCAACUGUGUGAACAUCAAAAAGAUCUUUACGGAUGUUUAA